AUGGGUAGAAGACGAUUGGAGGAGGGAUUUAUCCUGUUUGCAGCUUUAGAAGUGAAUGAUGAGUAUUCUUUGGCAUUGGAAAGCAUCCCUUAUGACAAGACUGAGUUGGCUAAGAUUGUUGUUGAACAGUGUGAAAGUGUGUUUUAUAAAAAGUGGACAGGUAAACAUUGUAGUACAAAUAUUGAAAACUUUACUAUUAUUUAAUAUAAGGAUCUUGCAUUGGCAGUGAGUAGAAAAGUGAAAACCAAUUGUGAGAAAUUGUUAAAAAUUUAAACAUAACCUUUCCCAUAUUGUUAGUUGAAAUAUUGUGCUGUAGUGUGAAACAAGGGUGUAUACAAGAUUUUUUCACCAGGGGGACAGUAAUGGCUAUAUGCCAAAAAAACGUCCUAAAUAUCCAAAGAAUAACGAUGUUAACAUUAACCCACUAAUAAAAAUAGGAACACUUUUCUGGUGUUACAGAUAUAUAUAUAUGAAUUAGGAAAAUUGAUAACCUAAAAUACUAACUUAGUCUAACUACAUCUGUAUUCCUACUUAUUAUUGAUCUACUUACAUGUAUACAUGAAAUUAAUGUUAAUAGAUCAUAUUUGUGAUGUUCCUGGCUGCAAAAGUGUUGUUGUAAUUGAUGGGAACAUGAAAAAUGCCAGACAAGUUUGCUCAUGUUUGGAUGUUGGAGAGCUUCAUUUUGAUGGGAUGUCGGGAAGCAUUCUUGUUGGUGAGUCAAAGUGUGUGAAUGUUUUUUGUUUAGUGCAGCACUUUGUCUUGCAUUGGUUUGACAGUACCAUAAGAUGUGUCAUACAGUAUCACUAUAUUUUCCUCUGCAUAACUUAACACUGUAAAGCUUAGAUGCAGUGAUUGGGGCAUGGGAGUUUAAGUUUUGUGAUUUGCUUAGUGAGUCACAGAAGCAUUUGUGCUUUUUAGAAUAUUUUUGUUCUUGAAAUGUGAAUUGGUAUUAGUCACUACACAUAUUAGAGAGAGUCUGGGUCUUACUAAUGUAAGUUUGCAUAAAGUGUGUAAACUCUAGGCUGGCAUCAAAGUAUUAACAAAGCAGGUGAUGGUUGCAUAUGUACAGUUUGUAUGAGUUAAUUUUUUUGACUUUAACAUUUUUUCCUUACAUGGAAAGGUUGUCAAAACACUCCUGGAAAAAAGAGCCGUUUCUGUGAUGUGCAUAAAGAUGCCGCAUGUGCAUUGAAGGAUGACUGGUCAUCCAUGACAGAUUCAAUAGAACAGAAGCCUACUUCCGGUGUACUUGAGAGUGACGACACUGAUGUGUUGCCUAUCAAGGUUUUGAAUGAAAGAGAGACACGUCAAGGGAAGUUUUAUGAGGUAAGAGGCUAUAUGUACUUUCUUCUUUUAUUUUUACUAUGUGUAACGCCAAGCGAUUUUAGUCAUGAAGGGGAGAGUUCUGCUAAUUAAUUAUGUCAAAUUAAACGUCAAACUGCUAACGAAGUUUUUGAUUGUACAACUAUUAUGAUAGCUUUUACACCAGUUUUAAAAUAUAUUAAACAAUUAUUAAAGUUGUGGUAUUUAACAAUGAUUGAAGAAAACAAAUUAACUCCACUAGUCAUGUAUUCACCAAAGCAGUAAAUUAAGAUUUAGCGUUUGAGGUUUACAUUUGGCGUAUAAAUUUCAUGCUUUAAUGACUACAAACCCUCGCAGCAGCAGGGCUGCAUAAAAUAUUUUAUUUUCUGGGACCACAAAGCCAACGAAAAUAUUUUCUGCAAGCUGGGAAUUUUUUGCACGCUGGGAACACUGGGAAUCUUAUGUUUAAAUUUGAUCACUAAACAAAAUUCAGUGUAUUCUACGCACCAUUUCAUUAUUUCGCAACCACUGCCAGUAGGGUAGACGUAUUUUAUUCUGGCUACAGAAUACAUAUUCUUCAUAUUUUAAUUUAACAACAAACAUUUACAUUUUAAUGGAUAAUGAAAGUGACCACUGGGAACUGACUGCAGUUUAAAUUAAGAUUCUAGAUUCUUAUAAUUUUAAUAUACCGGGUGUCCCAAAAAAAAGUACUCCGGUUUGAUUUAUAAUAACUUCUAAACAAGUAAAGCUAUCAAACAGAAAUAACUUGCAUUAAAUAGAGGAAGGACUAACUUAGAUUUUGAUAUUUUACAGUUGUAUUUUACUUAAAAAUUCACGGAGAUAUUAAUGUUCAAAAUCGGGAGCAUAUUUUGGGAUGUGUCUAAAAUUAGCGAAAAUCGGCGUAUCAAAUUUUAACUCCAGCGUUUGUUUGCUUAAUGACAUAUCAGGGUAAAUUGUAUUUCAGUGAAUUGUCGUUAGGAUUUGUAAGGGAUAUGGCGUAGAUUUAGACAUCUUGCAUAUAAGUCUUAACUUAUUGUUUCCUGAAAUAUGAACGUUCGAAAUUAUGUAAGUAUUUAAUAGGUCUUUGCAAACUUAAGGUACUGAAAGACCAUGCAAGGCAGGCGCUUCAAUUUUUCUUAAAUAACCUAUUUUUUUAUGUUUUUCAUGGGUUCAAAACAAAGUUGAUUAUUUCUCGGUUAGAGUAGGAUUAAUAUUGUUCUUUAAUGGAGGAAAUAAUAUUGCUUUUUGCAAAUACACAUCACAGUAUCAAAGCUACUAUUUUGUUACGUUUUGUUCCAAAAGUGUUGGAUGUCUCUGGGGAGUUGCAUGCUUGUUAUGUCUUUACUUAUGGAGUUGUAUGGUUUGAUUGUGUUUCAUUCUCAGUUUAUUCUGAACUUGCCAAGAUUAAGAAAGGCAAAAGAGUUUGGGUGUUCUUAACAAGAUUUCAGAACGUUGCAGAAGUUAGAAAAUUCAUUCAAUGUGAAGUUAGAAAAUUCACAAUUCCAAUGUGACAGCGUGCCCUAAUUCAGAACUGCGAACGAUCCAUGACGAUCCUUCGCGAUGCAGUGGUCUCAUGAAAUAAGGAAACGUAUUCGUGCUAGGAACACACGCGAAUUUCGGACGAAUAAAUCUUGCUUGUAUUUUGUAGAUAAUAAUACUUUGUUUCAUAAUAAACAAUUUGUCAAGUGUCAUUUAUUUACAGGUAAUAGUGCAUGUUUCAGUCGGGUAAAUCUUGAUUAAUAUUUGAUAAGCUGUUUUUGGCAUAUUUCAGACACAUCAAGAAAUAUGCUCCCGAUUUUAAACAUUAAUAUCUCCGUGAAUUUUUAAGUGAAAUACAACUGUAAUAUAUCAAAAUCUAAGUUAGUCCUUCCUCUAUUUGAUGCAAGUUAUUUCUCUUUAAAAGCUUUACUUGUUUAGAAGUUAUUUCGAAUCAAACCGGAGUACUUUUUUUUGGGACACCCGGUAUUUGUUAUGAAUAUCAUGUUAAUUAGUGGAUGAAAGUUCAUGAGAAGGACAGAAGGCUGUUGUGUAUUGGAACAUAUUGCUUAGAUUUUUUACUACAUUGUAAGAAAUCACCACACUCGUAGACUAUUUAAUCCACAUACUGUAGUUGUUAAAUGAGUUGUAUUCAUAUAUAACUGGAGUGGUAUUUUCAGAAGUAGCUAAUACACUAGAUGAAAUCAAUUAUAACAACCGCAUAGAGGAUUCGUCUUAAUAUCUGCUAGACUGCUGUCUGCCUGUCUUUGACCAUAAUAUCAGGCUGCUGGAGUGCUGCCUGUACCGGUAUAUUGGAAACUUGCGUUACUUGCAUGUUGCAAACAUCACUAGUUCACUACCUACAGCUUAUUAUUCAAUUAUGUCAUUUUCUGUUUUUCCUUUCUUUCUCUUUACAUUUUUUUUUCUUUUGAGACUUUUAAGUUUUACCCUCCAUUUUUUUCUGCCAACCUCAAAAAUUUUCUGGGACCAAUGGUCCCGCAGUCCGCUAUAUUAUGCAGCCCUGCGCAGCAGUUCGAGCGUAGAAUUUAUAUGCCGAGCAUCAACUUCAAAUGCCAGAUCUUAAUUUCCUGCUUUGGUAUAUACGUGACUAGUGGUUAAUUUGCUUUCUUAGAUCAUUGCUAAAGAGCACAAGUUUAAUAAUUGUUUAAUAUAUUUCAAAACUGGUGUAAAAGCUGUUAUAAUAGAGUUGUAAUAUCAGACACUUUGGUAGCGGUUUCACGUUAGCCGUAAAUGUCAAAUGAAAGGUCUCUAAUUUGUUAACAAAUCUAUAUGUCAAUUUAUGUUAUUAACCCAUUGACUGGCAAUGCUCCGAAAUAUGGCCCCACUUUAUUCCUUAAUUUCUCUGUCCAAUGCCAGAUGAUUUUGGUUGUGAAGGUGAGAUUAAUGAGUUAAGUGUAGCGUGCAUGCAGUGAUUUGUUGGAAGUGAGAAGACAGAAGGUCAUAAUUAUCUUGGUGAGGAUGUUUUGUAUUUGGUUCUGUUUCUUUCUUUCUCUGUUCAUAAACAGGAUGUAUAGCAAUACUCACCAGCAAUGAACAGAUUAUUAUAAAAGUGGAAAAAUGGCAUAUGAAAUAAACCCAUUACCCAUGCAUUGAGUAUAUGAAGUUAUGAUAAAAAUUUGUAAGCUUCUCUGUGUAUACUGGUGCUUUUUAAUUGUAGGAAGCCCAUAUCUUAUUGUGGUUUUGAAUACUAUCAUAGAAAAAGAGAACAUUGCAAGAAGCAACAGCCAACACAUUUGAAUGAAACAUAAGUUCCAAGAGUAAUUGUGUGAAUGUGUAGUAUUUUAUAAAUUUAGGUGUAAAGGUUAAUGUACAAUACAUAUUGUGUAUAAAAGAGUAUUAUUGUUUUUGCAUAGGUGCUAUGGUCAAAUUUGUUGAAGACUUGGGUAAAGAAGGCGAAUUUACCUAAGAAAGUGCUGGAUGUUAUCACUACUGGUGGUGUGUACAGUCAUGUCACCAAAGAUAAAAGAGAAUUUGGGCAAAGGUUAAGUGUGUUGGAGGAAUGCUUGACUGCAAAUAAUGGUGAUGCUGGGUCACAUGUGCUGAGAAGGUAAUUAUGAAGGGGAAUAGGAAGUAUUCUAGUCUGCAUAGAAGUAUUCAGGACCACAUCAAGGCCAUCAGCUUGAGCCCCAAUAAUUUCCAUUGUAUAGGCAAAACACACAAAAGAACUAGAAAAAAUGCGAAAGCAAUCCAGAUUUAUUCCUGACCCCUCCCCAAUAUUAAUUUACUUCCGACGGCCUUGCAUACACAGUAAUGUUGUGAAUAAAAUAUAUUAUUAACUACAGCAAUUUACAGUGUUGAAAGUCGUUAAUACAUUUUGCCACUUGUAAUAGUCCAGUUGUGGCAAUACUGAACACAGAAUAGGGUAAAAUACUAAUACCCCUGUACUGAAAACCCUCAUGUUUCCCUGCAAUCUUACAGUAGUAUCAAUGAUUCAACUGUGUUGGUUAUCAGUACACUAGGUUGUAAUGUGUACAGACAGACUAUUCUGGGGUUUCAAUUCACUACGGCAUUUUGCAGUGAAUCUGAUGGGGGGUCAACCUAUAAUGUACUAAUGCUUUAGAAUGUUUACUAAUUACCGCAUUUACUCGUUUGAGAUCCGCCCCCUGAGUCUUCUAUAUUUUAGUGUUUUAUGUUAAAGUGAGUAUGUUUCAAUGUUUCCCAUUAAAAAUUCUGCAGAGCAUGGGCAAUGCGUCAUUCCCGUUGCAGAGCGCUGUCGUUGAAUAAGCACCGCAUACAAAACAGCAAAUAUUUAAAGAGCGCCGCGGUGUUCAAACAACUAAAUACGGUAUAUAUUUUUUUCUAGUUCAGGAUUUGCUGUAGCUGACCCUGCUGAUGAUCAAGUAGUGGGUGAGAAAGGUGUUAGAAUUCUGAAUUGUGGGACUGAGAAAGGAAAGCAUAAGUGCAAAAACAGGAGAACUGCAGGUUUAGCACCUUGGUGUUAUUUGUUAUAA